AUGUUCCGCACAGCUCCUCGCAUGGCCGGGUGGGUGUUCCGUGAGAACCGCGUCCCCUACUAUCAGCGCCUCUUCCAGCAGCACGACGGCAAGCGUCAGUGGUGGCAGACUUCCCGCAGCCCAUACGUCAUGUACCCCUACCUCAUCUCCAUCUACGGUCUCGGUGCUGCUACUAUGUACGCCAUGGGCCGCAUGGUCUUCGGCCACAAGACCUGGAUCUAA